UCUGAACACGAAAACUGCAAAACAUUUCUGAACAUUACCUAAUGUGACACUGACUCUGGUUCAGCUGCUGGUUUCAGACAGCUCCAUUCUCUCACGUUCCACUUUAUACUCUAGUCUGACAUUUUAGUGAAUGAAACUUUACUACAAAGUGGAACUGGGAUUUUUGGGACGCUGAUUAUGCAAAAUCUCACGAACAUGCAGCUUCACACGAUCAGGUGGUUUUUACAACAAAUUUGUGCAGCAAAGAAGAUCUGGUGACUCUGACAAGAUGAGACAUGAAAUGAGACAUGUUGUAACUGUCACAUAUUCCCUGUCAACCUAAACAUGUUUCUGUUAUGUAGGGAGGUGCGAAACAUUUUCACAAAGGAAGUUGAAACCAUGAAGCGGUUUGAGUCGCCCAACAUCCUGCGAAUGUUUGGCAUCUGUAUCCAGGAUGAAGACGGACCCAGCCCCGAAUUCCUCAUUAUCAUGGAGUACUGUGAGAAGGGGAGUCUCCGACAGGUUUUGGACUCUGACUGCAAACUGUCCUGGCUCAAGAAAGCUUGUAUGUGUCUGGACGCAGCACAAGGACUCUACCGGCUGCACCAGACUGAAGAAAAGAGUAAGGUGCAUGGAUGCAUCAACAGCAGCAAGUUCCUGGUGGCUGAAGGCUACAGAGUCAAGUUGGGAGGUUUUGAGUUGGCGAAAACAGAGACGUCGCUGACAAAGCCAAAAAAGGACAAAGGGAUCACAUCGCUGUGCUAUUCCUCUCCUCAGAUUCUCAACGACAUCAACCACAAGUACAGCAAAGAGUGUGAGAUGUACAGGUCAGACACUGCCUGAUUAAAGCACUAGAACGACAAUGUGAUGUCCUUCCUGAGGUCGAUAAACACUGACCUGGCAACCCAGACCUUCUUCCUGUUAAUGCUUUCUAUAAAGGCUUAUCAUAUGAUCUAUAAACCAUGAAUAAAGCCAUUAGUAACAACUAUAAAAAGUUACCUGUGAGCAAGG